GAAGUUUAAAAAAUUCUUAUUUUCUUAAUCUGUUUUUAUUUUGUGAAGUUUAACUAACGUUACCAAACAAUUCGUACGUAAAUUAAAAUAUUCUAAAAACAAUGGAAGAUAUAGCUAACUCUAGUAUUGAAAAGAUAAGACUUGAAGAAAUAGAAAAACAAACGAAACUAAGAGAAAAACGUGAAAUGGAAAAUAAAAUAUCAUCACUCAAUAAAGCCAUUCGUGAUGCUACAGCACAGUCUGAGAAAUUAGAGCUGGAGCGAGAACAAUUGAUUAAGGUCACUGAUGCGCUGCGUAAACAGAAACUGUUGGAAGAAUGUCGCCGCGACACCUUGUCCGCGCAAUUCAAUUCAUUAAAGGACGAGUUGAAACAGUUGCGUGCUAAAUCUGUAAGUAAUCAUCUUCAUAAUAAAAUGGUUUCUGAGGUUUGGGAAAUGCGAUCAGAAUUUUGCAAAGAAAUCUACGCUACUUCUGACGCCUGUGAUAUUCAAACCCUACUGAUGAAGCCGGGUUGUACGAAACCAGUGUACCGAAACAUACAUAAGAAGGAACAUAACGUGCCUACAAGCUCGGAGAGUGAAACUAGGUUACAGAAAGCCAUUGAACGACGUAAAAAGUCAUUGGCAGAGCGAGAUCGUUUGCUCAUAGAACCUGAUGCUGGAGAAGAAUUUCUGCGGUAA